AUGAUUAAUAGAAAGCUUACCGAAUACGCUGAGGACGAAGGUCGUAGAAAACCUACUUAUCGUUAUAUUCAUGCAACUAAAGAGGAACAAGAAAUUCGUGAAAGAAAAAAUAUACCUCGUCAAGAGUCAACGGAUCAAACUUCUUCAUCUUCAAACAAUAAUGAUUCCAAUAUUAUAAAUAAUUUAAUAUAUUAUUUAAAUUUAAUAAGAGAUAAAUGUCCUCAAUUAUCUCGCAAAACUAAAAUUGGGGUAACCUUCACCGUUUUAACGAUGUUAUUAUACUACUUUUUAAUUCCUGAACAACCGCCUUCUGCUUUUAUUCGAGAUUUUGUUGAUACGACAACAACUACUUUUGAGGAGAUUAAUAGCGUCGAUCUUCCAGCUUCAAGUAUGUUAACACAACAUACAGUAACAAGUCGAAAUGCUGCAAAUAUGGUUCAAAAUUCUCCAGCUUUUAAAGAUCAUGGAAAUCAAAUUGCGACAGGUCUUCGUAAUUUUGGAGAAAAAAUAAAUUUAGCAGGAAGACAUUUACAAAACAUGUAUAAUAAAGGUUCAACAGUAUACAAAACAUUUGAUACAGAUAUUGAAGCGAUGAUAAAUCGAUUAAAACAAACCCCAAAGAAAGGUGACGCCAAAUAUUUUAGAAAUAAAUUAAGUAAGUUAAUAAACAAAAUUAAAGAUUUUAGACAACAUGUUGAAAUGACUCAGAGUUCGAUAGUAAAUGCGGAAGAAACUAGACAUGAUACCGAAGGAUAUAUUAUUGAUGGAUUAAGGGAAGCAGAAAAAUAUAUUAGCAAUAACAAUGAAGAUUCACAGAAAACUGCUGAACUUAGUAGAGCUAAAAAAGAACUUCAAUUUAUUACAGAUCUUUUAGGUCAUUUGGAUAGUACUGCAGUUCAUCUAGAUAAAAUAAGAAAAAUCUUAAGUAGUUAUGAAGAUAAAUUGUUAAAUGUUGAAGCUGAACUUGGUACUUUUGGUAAAGAUGAAGAAGAAGGUAUAUUUGAAGUUAACAAAGAAGAUAUUAAGCAUUUAAAGAUUGCCGUCGAAACUUUAAAAGCUAGUCAUUUAAAAUUUAAUCAUCUUUCUAAUUAA